GCCACCAACCUCGAAGUCACGCACGCCUACCGGCGCCUCUACCGCAGCCUCCUCCAAGCGGUGCGAUACUCUGCGCCCGCGCGAUACGUCGUACGGGACCAGCUGCGGGCGGCUUUUCGGGAGCGCUCGGGGGCAGGGGCGGCGGCGGAGCUGGACGGCGAGGGCGUGAAGAGGACGGUGUGGUUCCUGGAGGCGGCGGCGAGGGAGAGAGGGCUGGAGCAUAAGAUUUUGAAGAACUUGGUGAGGGUGAGGUUGGAGUCGGGUUGGGGAUGGAGGAGUUGGCGGAAGGCAGAUGCUAAUGAUGUUGCAAGGCCUGAUGUGAAGCAGUUGCAGCAGGAGGGGAUGAGGCAUUAUAACAUGACGGUUGCGAUGCUGAAUAAGAGCAUGGGGCUUUGUCUACGGUGA